CACGACGGCCCAUAUUUCAACAAAAAUAAUAAAUUAGAUCCGGUUGCACGGACAGGAAGCAAGGAGAAUCUCAUGGCGCCCGACUAGAAAGAAGUAACAAUUAUCGGUUGCUUAUUUCUGUUCGAUUUAGCGCGUCUUUACGAACGGAUACCUUUCUACUCGAAGUUGCAAGUUAUGGACUCUGAAGAGAACGAGGUGGAGAGCAGCAGUGAUGCAGGUCCGUCAGGCAUGGAGGAGCCGUCUGAAAGCGGUAUGGGUGUGGAGUCAUCAGAGGCCAUGUCUGCAGACAGCAGUGAUGCUGCUGCCUCUCAUAAUCAGGCCCCAGAGUCUGACUGCCAUGUGGGACAGAGCUCAGAAGGACUUGUGGUGUUCAUCCCAGAGACCAGCUCCAGUACCGAUGUCAGAGUUUCAUCAGUCCACCUCCCGGACUCCUCCUCAGUGGCCCAGUCCACCAGCGUGUCCAGUGUCUCCACAGUGACUCAGUCAGUGCUGGUGUCUGGGUCAGCUCAAGUGCUGGUCCACUCCAGUGCUGUGUCUGAGGGAGCCAUGAUGGUUUCUGACUCAACUGCUUCUACCUCGUCAGACCUGGGUUCUGCCAUCGACAAGAUCAUAGAGUCCACCAUCGGCCCUGACAUCAUGAAUGGUUGCAUAGCUGUGACCAGUGCAGAGGAUGGAGGCGCAGAAACAACCCAGUAUCUGAUAUUACAAGGACCGGAUGACGGUGCUCCUAUGGUAGCCCAGAUGUCAUCUUCGGCCCUCUCUGAUCGUAUAGCCAUAGAAGCUCUCACAGAAGGCCCCACAUCCACAUGUGACCAGGGAGACCUUCAGGGCAACCUCGAACCGGACCAGCCCGACGAUCAGCCCGGUCACUCAGGGUACCCAGAGCAGAGCAGCAGUCAACCUGACCAGCCUCAGCACUCUCAUCCCUCCCAGUACCUCCCAGAUGGUCCAGACCAGACUGGGGAGUCUUCAUCUUCCUAUGUGGAGUGCUCAAGCGAGGAACCAGACCAGACUCGCUCUCACUCAGGUUUCCCGGACUACAGCGGCGACAACAGUGACCAGGACCUGCCUGGAUAUGUGGAAUGCAGCGGGGCGGACUCAAACCCCAUCAGUCGGGGACACUAUGUCGUGGAGUGCAGCGCUGGUUAUCUGGAGUGUGCGGUGGAUGAUGGAGAGCGGCCCCAUCAUUCACGAAGUUACAUUGACAGCAGCGCAGAUCACCGGGCCCAGACAAGUCGGCAGUAUGGGGCUGAGUACGGAGCAGGUUGUGUUGCGGCUGCAGACUCUGAGCAACCAGGUUGUUCUCAGUAUGUAGCAAGAGACGUUGAUGAAGACGAUGAGCAGAACCAGGAUCCGGAUCAGCCGCAGCACUCGCAGCAGCAGCCCCAACACUCAUGUUACUUGGAGAGCAGCAAUGGCCCAGAGGCCUCUCUCUAUAAUGAUGACAGCUCAUCUUCAGACCUCCCUCUGGCAGACACGGCAGGUUCAGGUGGGCUUCCUGAGGCGCUGGAGUGCAGCGAGAGCCAGUCUGGGCCCUUCAUCAGCAGCAGCGGGACUUACACUUCUAAUCCAGAGCCUGAGCUGGCCCACCAGUGUUCACCCAGACAAGAGGAGCCCCAAGGCUCCCAGGGGCCUCAAGAUGAAUCUGGGAUGGUUGGGGAGAUGGAUACAUCAACUUUGGAAGAUGGUCCAGGAGAAAGGGCGCCAAACCUGGCAGAGUUGGAAGAGAUGAUGGAAGUUGUGAUUGUGCAGCAGUUCAAGUGUAAGAUGUGUCCAUACAAGAGUGCCUCCAAAGACACGCUUAUUAACCACAUGAGAGACAAACACUUCAAACAAGCAGGGGAGAUGCCAAAGAAGCGUAAACGUGGACGACCUCCAAAGAGUGAGACGUUGGCCCGUCGCAACCUAGAGAGGAAGGAAGCCGAAGAGAAGAGGGCAGCAAAGGUGAAGGCUGCCGAGCCGCAACAAGCAGAACAAGAGGAGGAUGAUAUUGUUGAUGCUGGUGCUAUUGAUGAUCCUGAAGAGGAUAGUGAUUACAACCCAGCAGAUGAGGAUAACAAUGGAAGGCCGCCUGUCAUUCAGAAGAAGCCUGCUCCUCCUAUCUCUUCCUCCACUCAAGGUCGUCCUCGACGUAAAGUUGGACGUCCAAGGAAGUACAGCCUUUUAGGGGAAAGCUACAGCGGCAAAGAAGCAGAGAGUAUCGCUAAAAAGCCCAGAGUUAGCACAGAUGCUUGUGCAUCUGAAGAAGCAAGCUCUUCUGGGUUAAACAACGACCCCGCUAUGGUGACUGAUGGUGACCCAGCAGAGGCAGCAAUAAGCCAAUCAGACUCUGAGAACAAAGACCCUUCAUCCAACACCCAGCCCGAGGAGGAGUUCUUCCCAAGGAAACGUGGCCGACCAUCCAAACGUUUUCUCCGCAAGAAAUAUAAGAAGUAUUUAAAUCGAAAUCGUUACUAUAAAUCCCUCAAACCACUCCUGAGACCUCACAACUGCUGGAUCUGCGGCUCUCGCUUCCUCACUCAGGAAGAUUUGCGCUUUCAUGUUGAUUCUCACGAAGGCAACGACCCGGAGCUCUUCAAGUGCCUCCAGUGUAACUAUCGCUGCAAGCGCUGGUCCUCACUCAAGGAACACAUGUUCAAUCACGAGGGCACCAAGCCAUUUAAAUGUGAGGAGUGUGAUUACACCAGUGUCUACAAGAAAGAUGUCCUUCGCCACUCAGCAGUCCACAACAAAGACAAGAAAAGAAAGACAGAGACGGUACCGAAAGUGUCGGAGUUCCUCUGCCCUGUGUGUCACAGGGUGUACCCCAUGCAGAAGAGACUGACCCAGCAUAUGAAGACCCACAGCUCAGAGAAACCACACAUGUGUGAUAAGUGUGGAAAGUCCUUCAAGAAACGGUACACAUUCAAGAUGCACCUACUGACACACAUCCUGACCCUUGGAGACAGCAAGUUCAAGUGUGAAUUUUGCGAUUACACAUGUGACAACAAGAAGUUGCUGCUCAACCAUCAGCUGUCUCACACCAACGACCGGCCCUUCAAGUGUGACUACUGUAAAUACUCCACCUCUAAAGAGGAGUUCUUGGUGUCCCACCUGGCCAUCAAACACACAGGUGAGAAGCCUUUCUCCUGUGAGAUGUGUCACUUCACGACCAAGCACAGGAAGAACCUGCGUCUACAUGUGCAUUGUCGCCACCCUGAGGCGUUUGAGGAGUGGUCAGUGUCUCACCCUGAGGAGCCUAUCAGGAGGCGGCGCAGACCCUUUUUCACCCUGCAGCAGAUAGAGCAAUUUAAACAACAACAACAUGAUGACAAACAAGGCUUACAGAACACCAUUGUUGCUGUGGAUUCUGCAACACUUCAAGCCAUGCAGGGUAUGGAAAAUGCGUCAGUGUCCCAGGAUGCAUUGGGAAACACUACCAUCAUCUACGAACAAGCUGAAUCCAGUGAUCUCUCUGCCCAGAACGCCCUUGAUCUACUUUUGAAUAUGAGCAAUGCUCGGGAACUGGUUGGAAACAGCUUGCAGGUGGCAGUGCUGAAGUCUGAAGGCAAAGCUCUGGAAAAGGGCACGUGGAGCACAGUCACUUCAGCACCAGGCCAGACACAAAAGGUUGUGACCUUCCAUGUGUCUGAGGAUGGAGAGACGGUGCUGCAAGAGGCCUACGAGGCAGCCACCUCUGAAACAGGAGAGCUCACCCAGAUCGCCAUAGAAGCCUAUGAAGGUGGAGGAGAGUUUAGUGUGGUGGAACAGGCUGCUGAAUCAGAGAAUCAGAGCCCUGAAUACAGUAAUGAUGAGAGCAGUCCCUCUCAGGCUGCAGAAAUCUCUGGUUCAGAGAGCAUAAAAAGCGACAAGUUCUACCUUUCUUCAGCCCUGCCUGACGGUGUUUUGCAACAGGUGGAGCUGAGCAGUGAAGCUCCAGCCUCGCCCUCUGCUCUGAGCUCUCCUGGUCUGAGCACUAAGAGGUUUUCCUGUCGAAUAUGCAUGGAGUCUUUCCACGGGCGCUCAGACAUGGAGAACCACAAGAGGGCGCACUUGGAUCCCAACACCUUCAAGUGUCCUGAUUGUGACUUCACCUCCAGUUCCUGGUCUGAGGUUAAGACUCACAUGGGACAGCAUUCCUAUCUGCGGCCUCACAAGUGUCCAAACUGUAGCUUUGCCUCCAAGAACAAGAAAGAUCUGCGCAGACACAUGAUGACCCACACUAAUGAGAAACCAUUUUCUUGCAAACUUUGUGGACAAAGGUUUAAUCGUAACGGCCAUCUAAAGUUUCACAUGGAGCGUCUCCACAAUCAGGAUCAUCCCACUCGCAAGGGCCGGAACCCUAACGCUCAGCAGACUAUCAUAGUCAACAGUGAUGAGGAGGCGCUGGCCACACUACAGUCCCUGCAGGGACAUCAGACAGUGAUCACACCAGAGCGGUUGCAGGCCCUGGGUCAGGAUCACAUCAUCGUAGCUCAAGAACAGGCGCUAUCAGAUCAGGAGGAUGGCACAUACAUCCAGCAGAUAACCACCAUCGACGGACAAACAGUUCAACACCUGAUGACAGGAGACAACCAGGUGACUGAGGUUCAGUAUAUCAUCUCACAGGAUGGAGUGCAGCACUUGAUCCCUCAGGAGUAUGUGGUUGUAGCUGACGGGAACCACAUACAGAUGCCAGAUGGGCAGAUCAUCCAGUAUGAGAGUGAAGGAGCUUUUUUGUCUGAGCAGCAGAUUGCUGUAAGUCAUGAUGGUCACAUCCAGUAUUUACCGGUUAGCUCGGAGCAACAAGUCGUGAAUGCUGAGGAUCUGGAAGCUGUUGCCCACUCUGCCGUCACAGCAGUAGCAGACGCAGCCAUGGGGCAGACCCAGGCAGUCUACACUGAAGCUACACCUGAACAGCUGGAGCAGCUGCAACAACAAGGCAUCCACUAUGAUGUCAUUACCUUCACCGAGGACUAGAAAGCUUUCUGAGACUGCCUUGGUGAAAACCAACCACUUUGAGCUGACAAGUACAAAGACCUCAACUUACUUAUGCAUUCAGCUGAUCUAAAAAUAUUUUCUCCUCCACUAUUUAACCCGUGCAGUGACACUGCUCAAUGAAAUCAAAGCAUUUUGUAAAUUCAAAUGAUUGCACCCAUUGCUUCAGGGGCUGAUCACUCUCAGUUUAAGUAAGGUUAGUCUGUUUUUGUCAAUAAUAAUUAUGAUUCAUGUUAACGUGCCUCAACUGCACCAUUUGCAAGACAAUGAAAUCAAAGGAAAAUUUAAAGGCUUACGUCAUGUUAUGCAGAGUGUCCAAAUGAAAAUGUAUUUGUUUGAAUGGGGUGAAAUGAAAGGGAAGUCUUAAUUCCUGAUCUGUGAUGACUUGUGUUUAUUGUAUGAAUGCCACAACAUUGUAUUUACUAAAUAUUGAUCUGUACAUAUCUUUUGACUUCGUCCUUGUUCCAUGAUGGGGGAUCUGUGUUGAUUUGGUGACUAGGAAAUGUUUAAUAAGCUGAAAGCUGACACCAAAUAAAUCACUUUGUGUA